AUGGCUGCUCAAUACACCCCACGCCUCAUCGGCGCUCCCAACACCCUUGACCACCGUGUCUACAUCGAGCAAAACGGGAAUGUGGUGUCGCCUUUCCACGACAUCCCACUCUUUGCCGACCAGAACAACGGCAUCCUCAACAUGAUCGUCGAGGUGCCCCGUUGGACGAACGCAAAGAUGGAGAUUUCCAAGGAGGAGGCAUUCAACCCCAUCAAACAGGACAUCAAGAAAGGGCGCUUGCGCUUUGUCCGCAACUGCUUCCCCCACCACGGCUACAUCUGGAACUACGGUGCUUUCCCCCAGACUUGGGAAGACCCUACCCAGUCGCAUGCAGAGACCAAGGCCAAGGGUGACAACGACCCCCUCGAUGUCUGCGAGAUUGGCGAGCAGGUCGGCUAUGUCGGUCAGGUCAAGCAGGUCAAGGUCCUCGGCAUCAUGGCCCUCCUUGAUGAAGGCGAGACCGACUGGAAAGUCCUCGUCGUGGACGUUCAGGAUCCUCUCGCUUCCAAACUGAACGACAUCGAGGAUGUCGAGAGGCAUCUCCCUGGCCUCGUUCGCGCGACCAACGAGUGGUUCCGCAUUUACAAGAUCCCCGAUGGCAAGCCCGAGAACCAGUUCGCCUUCUCUGGCGAGGCUAAGAACAAGAAGUACGCCACGGAGAUCAUCCACGAGUGCCACGAGGCCUGGCGCCGUCUCAUCUCUGGCGAGAGCCCCGCCAAGACGUCGACCUACGAUCUCUCGACUCGCAACGUCGCUGUCGAGGGCUCUGUCGGGUUUGUCAAGACCUCCGACCCAUCCUACACCAGCCUUCCUGCUGACUCUAGGAAGCCCCCCGCGCCCAUCGACCCCUCCAUCUCCAAAUGGUUCUACAUCUCUUCUGCUCAAGUCUAG